CCCGCCCGCGGCUCCCCAGCCCCAGGCCGGGAGGUAGGAAGGCGCCGGCGGGAGUCGGGGAUCCUGCUUUGGGGCCCAGAUGGGGGAACCCCGGGCUGGGGCCCCCCUAGAUGAUGGCAGCGGCUGGACAGGAAGUGAGGAAGGAAGUGAGGAGGGCACCGGUGGCAGCGAGGGGGCUGGGGGAGACGGGGGCCCAGAUGCAGAGGGUGUCUGGAGUCCGGACAUCGAGCAGAGCUUCCAGGAGGCCUUGGCCAUCUACCCGCCCUGCGGCCGGCGGAAAAUCAUCCUGUCCGAUGAAGGCAAGAUGUAUGGUCGGAAUGAACUGAUUGCCCGCUACAUCAAGCUGAGAACGGGGAAGACCCGAACUCGCAAACAGGUCUCUAGUCACAUCCAGGUUUUGGCCCGAAGGAAAUCGAGGGAAAUCCAGUCCAAGCUCAAGGCCUUGAAUGUGGACCAGGUUUCCAAGGACAAGGCCUUCCAGACAAUGGCCACCAUGUCCUCGGCCCAGCUCAUCUCAGCACCUUCCUUGCAGGCCAAACUGGGUCCCGCGGGUCCUCAGGCCUCUGAGAUUUUCCAGUUUUGGCCGGGGGGCUCUGGGCCCCCCUGGAAUGUUCCAGAUGUGAAGCCAUUCUCACAGACACCGUUCUCCUUGUCACUGACUCCCCCAUCUACUGACCUCCCAGGGUACGAGCCCCCCCAAGCCCUCUCACCUCCUGCCCUGCCCCCACCUGCCCCGUCACCCCCAGCCUGGCAGGCUCGGGCCCUGGGCACUGCCCGGUUGCAGCUGGUGGAGUUCUCAGCCUUUGUGGAACCGCCAGAUGCAGUAGACUCUUACCAGAGGCACCUGUUCGUACACAUCAGCCAGCACUGCCCCAGCCCUGGAGCGCCCCCCCUCGAGAGUGUGGAUGUCCGGCAGAUCUAUGACAAAUUCCCGGAGAAAAAGGGCGGUCUGCGGGAGCUGUAUGAUCGCGGGCCCCCCCACGCCUUCUUCCUGGUCAAGUUCUGGGCGGACCUGAACUGGGGCCCGAGUGGUGAGGAGGUGGGGGCCGGCGGCAGCAGCGGCGGCUUCUAUGGAGUGAGCAGCCAGUACGAGAGCCUGGAGCACAUGACCCUCACCUGUUCCUCCAAGGUCUGCUCCUUUGGCAAGCAGGUGGUGGAGAAGGUGGAGACGGAGCGUGCCCAGCUGGAGGACGGGAGGUUCGUGUACCGCCUGCUGCGCUCGCCCAUGUGCGAGUACCUGGUGAAUUUCUUGCACAAGCUGCGGCAGCUGCCCGAGCGCUAUAUGAUGAACAGCGUCCUGGAGAACUUCACCAUCCUCCAGGUGGUGACCAACAGGGACACCCAGGAGCUGCUGCUCUGCACUGCCUACGUCUUUGAGGUCUCCACCAGCGAGCGGGGCGCCCAGCACCACAUCUACCGCCUGGUCAGGGACUGAAGGGGCGCCCCCAGAGUGGCCCACUCCUGGAAUACCCUCCUCCCAGGAAGGACCUCCAGCUUUCCUCAUGCUUAUUCGGGGAGGGGGCUGCUCCCUGCUAGAGGGGACCUUCAAAGCUGGGUGGCGAGUUGACCCAGCUGGGACUGAGAGGAAAGGACGCAUCCUGAUAUUGGGACCGCACAGGGGCAUCUGAAAGGACAGAUCACUCCAGAACAUCAGGGACUGGGGACCGGAAUGAGACAACUCUCACUACAGCACUGGGUUCUCAGUCUCUACCAGGAGGCACCCUCCUCCCUCUCUUCCGGAUGUUUCGGAGGGUCCUUGUACACAUUGGCUUGUCCCUCUCUCUGUUUCUCAGCCCCCCUUUCCCCAAUCUGCCUCUCCUUACCACCCUAUCCUGUGACCCUAAUAUCGAAUAUUGAAGGUUAACCCUUUCUGUGCAGGAGCAGAGCCAGGUGGGCCCUGGAAAUACGUUUUUUUUUAAUAUAACAAGAGAUAUUUAUAA